GCCGGCCGCGCCCGAGCUCCAGCCGCUGCCAAAGAUGGUCGGCAUCGGGCUGAGCACAGUGUUCGAGCUAGUGCGCAGCAGCGCCGACUCGCACCCGGAUAUCUGCCUGCGCGCCCUGCACGCUCUGCUCGGCAUCCUGGAGGGCCAACAGCCAGAGGCGCUGCGGCUGGAGGAGCCGCAGCUCAUGGACGAGCUGUACGAGUGUCUGCAAGCACUCAGCUGCCGGCGCCACCAGCUGCAGCUGUCGGCUGCGGCAUGCAGCUGCCUGCUGAGCCUGGUGGUGGCCCGCGGCGAGACGAGCGCCAUCCUGAGGGCGGUCACCGCCGUGCUCACCAGCCAGACGCACGCCCGCAGCGUGCAGCUGCCGGCGAUCCUGUGCGCGCUGCAGCGCUCCGUGCUGGCCGUGCUGCUGGGCAGCGUGCACCGGCCGCACUGGCUGACGCACGGCCUCUACAGCGUCGGCUCCGGCUACGGCGGCACCACGCGCGGCCAUGUUUACGCCCGCUCGCCGGACGUCACUCGCGGCCAGCUGGUCAGCGUCCAGCGGGGCCUGUACCUGCUGGACGGGGACGGGCUGACCCGGCUGGACCCGGUGGACCUGCGGCGGCGCGAGCAGGUGACGCUGCCAGCCACCGAGCCGGGCUCACGCUGGUUCUCGGACGGCGCCUCGCUCUGCUCCAUAGCGCCGCACAAGGACGACACGUUUAUCGUGCACAGCUACCAUGUGACAGCGACGUCUGUGGCGCAGAAGAGCAGUCAUACCCUGCAAUUGGUGCGCAAACGACUGCAGGUAUGCGGCGUGUCGACGGUGUCGCGAGACCCGUCCGAGACGUACGACCUCGACUCGGGCUGGGAGGACGAGCUGGCCUCGGUGGCCGCCGGCCGCGACUUCGUGCUGCUCCGCACCGGCCAGGGCAAGGUGCUGUACUCUGGGAAGGCGUCGAGCCUGGGCCUAAAGCACGCGGCGGCCGGCGGGGGCGGCGGCGCCGAGCGCUGGCUCGAGCUGCCCAUCCUGCGCUCGCCCACCAUCGCCCAAGUCAGCAUGGGUCACGAGGGCCAGCACGCCGUGCUGGUCGGCGAGGACGGCGCCGCCUACUUCACCGGCACACCGCGGCGUGGCGAGGACGGCGACGUCGCCAAGGCGCGCCGCCAGCCCAAGCCGCAGCGACCCAAACGCAUGGUCAAGAUGGAGGGCAAGGUGGUGGUGGAGGCGGCCUGCAACAACGGCUCAUCGGCGCUCGUUACCGCCUCCGGCCACCUUUACAUCUUUGGAAAGGACAGCAUCCACAGCGAGGGUACCUCAGGUCUGAUCGGCGAGCUGCGGGACGUGCGCGUCACGCACGUGGCACUGGGCAAGGCGCAUGUGGUGGUGCUGUCCAGCCGCGGCCACGUCUACACGUUCGGCAUGAACAACAAAGGCCAGUGCGGCCGCGACGUGGUCACCGGCCGCGAGACGGUGCGGCCGGUGCCGCGGCGCUGCGCUGAGCCGGGCCGCCGCAGCGUCGAGCCUCCCGCCGCCAUCGACGCCGGCACGCUCAUCGACAUCGGCCUCGGUGACAUGGUCAGCGCGCUCCGACAGAACCAGGCUCGAGCGCUGUCGCCUGUGAAGGAGGACAACGUGCGAAAGCGCCGGGACCAGUCGCGGGUGAAGUUCGCCAAUGCUGCUCCGACCGGCGGCGGCGGCGGCGGUGGUGGUGGUGGUGGUGACGAGGUGAUGAGCAGCGACCACGAGCGUGAGGCGGCCAAGAUGACGCUGUUGCCGCCGGCGCGGCUUCAGCUGCCCACCGAUAGCCCGGCCGUGCAGGUGGCCUGCGGCCUGCACCACACAGUGAUCUUGCACACCGACGGCACGGCGCACCUGUUCGGCAACAACGCCUGGGGCCAGCUGGGCGCGCCGCCGCUGGCGCCGCGCGCGGCACCUCUCCGGCUGCGCUGCCGACACGGCGGCCGGUUCGUGCAGGCCGCCGCCGGCAGCCACCACACCGUGCUGCUGACCGAUGACGGCCAGGUGGUGACGUUCGGCGCGUACCAGCGUGGCCAGCUGGGCCGGUCGCCGCCCGGCGCUGGCCCGUCCGCCGCCGCCAACAACCUGUGGUUCGCCUCGCCCGAGCCGGUGCCCGGCAUCGGGGCCCAGCACGGCCGGAAGGCGACCUGGGUCGGCGCCUCAGGCGACCAGACCUUCAUCCGCAUUAACGAGAACCUGGUGAACGCCGAGACUCUGGGCGUGUCCACCAUCAUCGCGGGACAGAACUUCCUGGGCGUGCUGCCCACCUCUCCGCGCCCGGCUGCCGUCCAGGACGCCCGCUACGAGUUCGGCUCGCUGAUGAUCGGCCGCUCGGAAUGGUUCUGCCGCGGCUACGGUGGCGAGGACCAGGCCGACCUGGCCACCGGGCUGGCCGUCACACUCGACCACGCUUACGACAGCCUCUGGACGUUUGAUCCGGUCUCGCUGCGGCUGACCUGCCACAACAUCCUGCUGGCGGCGCUGCCGGACCGGCCGCUGGACGGGCUGGACCUGGUGUCGCCAGAGCUGGCGCUGCCCGUCACCGCCGCCGCUCAGGUGCCGGAGACGCAGGUGGCGCUGAACCUGCUCAGCUGCCUGGAGGUGCUGACCGAGCACCGGACGUUCGUGUUCGACUUCAGUGAGCCGCAACAGACUGAACACCAGGUGGUGCGCUCGCUGUCGCGGGACGACGCCCAGAUGGUGCACCGGUUCGAGAACUACGGCGGCGGCUGGGGCUACUCGCCGCACUCGGAGGAGGCCGUCCGCUUCAUGUGCGACUCGGAUAUUCAGCUGCUGGGAUACGGCCUGUACGGCGGCCGCGGACAGUACCAGGCCAGAAUCAAGCUGUACGAUCUUGGCAUGGAGGGCGGUGACCACGAGCCCGAGGGAGAGCUGCUCGCCCAGUCCACGGACGUGGUGUACGAGUGCAACGCCCGCCAGACCCACCAGAUUCUGUUCGGGGAUCCGGUGCCGCUGCAGGCCGGCCGCUGGUACCUGGCCUGGGCCCGCGUCGAAGGCCCCUCCAGCGACUGCGGCUCGGAUGGACAGACCAUGCUGGUUGGCGAGGACCAGGCCGUCUUCUACUUUAAGUCGUCGAAGCGCUCCAACAACGGCACGGACGUGAAUGCCGGCCAGCUGCCGCAGCUGCUGUACCGGCUAGUAACGCCCGAGACAGUGACGUCGGCGGCGCCGCCGGCCGUCUCCGAGCCCGUCUACCCGCUGUCGGCGCGCGUGGCGCUCACCGUGACACCGGCGUGUUUCGAGGCGCUGCUCUCGCUGGUGGAGUGGGCCUGGCGGCUGGCGGUGGCCAACUGCCGCGAGUCGGCGGCCAACGCCGAGCCCGGCCCCACCGCGCUGGCAGACCUGGACCGGCUGGCGUUCGUGCUGACCAGCGCCGGCCGCCUGCUGCUCACCUACACCGGACAAGUGUACCCGCCGGACGGCCAGCUGGGCAUGCAGGAGACGCCGCAGCUAGCCCAGUGUAUGGUGGACGUUCGCAAACUGGUCCGCCGCAUUCUCACAGAGGGCACCUCCAUCGUACAGGCACUGCCAGAGAAGGGGACUGCGGCAGAGGAAGUGGGCAAGAGGUUGGACCAGGUGCUGGACUCCUUCCACCAGUGUUUCGUCGGCUGCUUCCACGCCUUUUACCCGACGGGGCGGCUCAAGUGGCUCUGCCUGUGCGAGCUGCUGACGCUCCGGGAGACGAGCCGCAGCGGCCAGCACGACCUGCUAUUCUCGGCCGUGCUGGCCGCCCUCUGCUGUCCGCUGGUACGGCUCAGCCAGCUGCUGCCCGUCUACGGCGACGAGGAGUUCCAGCGCUCGCCCACCGAGGCGGCGCUCAGUCCGCACCCGACGCUGAGCGACAUCACACGGCACCCGGUGCUGGUGGACAUGGUCACACACGCCAGUCAGCUGGAGAAGUCUCCGUCGCCGAUGUGGAGCUUCCGGGAGGUGCUGGAGCAGCUGCUGUCGGUGCUGACCCAGCCGCUACGCGUCUGGCUGGGCUCGGAGACGGCGCCCCGCUCGCGCACCGCCAUCCGCCUGCAGCAAAACACGUGCGAGCUGCUGGCCUGCCUGCAGGCCGAGCUGGUCUCACAGUGUGUCACGGCCGAGAGUGAGCUGGUCGGCCUGGACACACACCCGCUGCACUGGACGCCGUCGCGCUUCACGCGCGUCUCGGCGGCGCGCUCCUGGAACACGGGCAACGGCUCACCAGACGCCAUCGCGCUGACCGUGGACCGGCCGGGCGUGCUACUGGCCGGCGUGGUGCUGUACGGCGGCGCCGGACAGUUCAGCUACGACCUCGACCUGCUGGAGGAGGUGGCGUCUGAGUGCGCCGACGAGCCGGGGGACGUGCCGCUGCAGCAGCGCUGGCCCGUGCUGCAGACGGUCAGCGGCCAGUUCGGGCCAGACCAGACCGACCUGGUCGAGGUCCGCUUCUCCAAACCGGUCCCGCUCAAGGAGGGCGCCAGGUACGCGCUGCGCCUGCGCAACUCUGGCGGCCGCACCAGCAACGGCGACGGCGGCCAGAGCCGCGUCAAGGGACCCGACGGCACCGUCUUCAGCUUCGCCACCUGCCCGCUCAGCCUGAACGGCACCAACCAGACGCGUGGUCAGCUGCCGCAGCUGCUGUACUACAGCCUGACGCCGCGGCAGCCGGGCCCCGGCGCCGGCGGGCGGCCCGGGCAGCGGGCGCGGCGCGCCGCCCUCGGCCUGCUGCAGGCGCUGACGCGCGCCGCUGCCGACCUGGCGGCCGGCGCGCGCGGCGUCGGCUCGGCGGCCGCCGUGCGCGUGGUGGCGCGCAGCCUGCUCACCACGCGCCUGAUGCCGGCCGCGCUGGCGCACGUGGCCUGCAUGGUGCCGGCCGACCCGCGGACGGCCGUCCAGGUGAUGUCGCUCAUCCAGGAGCUGCUGCCGCACGUGGCGGCGCUCAACAACCUGGCGCUGGCACUGCGGCAGCCGGCGCCGGACCCGGCCGACGCGCCGCCCACCGUCUCGCCGCACUGCUGCUGGGUGGAGAGCGAGCACCCGUACCCGGCGGCCACCAUCCGCCGACAGCGGGUCCACUUCCCCAAGUCGGUGCUGUGGAUGAGCGUCGAGUUCGACGCGCGCUGCUGCACCGUCCAGCCGGAGGACCAGCUGUUCGUGCAGGUACCGGCUGAGGCUGAGGCGGCCGGAGGCGACGGCGGCGGCGGUGGCGGCGCUGACCGACUCGUCACGGUCGUCGCGCUCUCCGGCAGCGAGGGCUGGCCACGCUCGGCGCUCCUGCUGCCCGGCUGUGAGCUGGUGUUCUCGCUGGAGACGGCGUCUGACUACGUGCGCGACGACCGGUCCGGCUCGUUCGGCUUUCGCUGCCUGGUGACGGGCUACGAGCCGGCCGCCUCCGACGGCGUGCAGCACCUGGAGCAGGAGCUGGCCUACCUGGGCGGCAUGUGCGCUGCCGCCCUCAUGCGCCGCAACAUGCCGCUGCCGGCCGUCGCAGACGACGACCCGCGGCUGGAGCCGGACCAGGUGGACGAGGUGGCGCGCGACACACUGUCGGCGCACUCGGCUCUGCUGCGCGGCGGCCUGGCGCUCUCGCAGCAGCCCACCGUCAGUCAGGCGCUGGAUGGCGUCAUCCCCUUCAGUUGCCACAGCAACGAGCGCGUGUUCCUGCGCGACCUGGUGACGGCGCGGCCGGGCACGAGCGGCGCCCGGCUGGCCGGCUGGCUACAGCCGGAGCCACGCCUCGAGCCGGCGCUCACCGAGACCGUGUGUGGCGGCGACGAGCCGCGCUGCGGCUGGCCGGCCGCCGUCACCGUCACCACGCGCGACCAGCACGGCCAGCUGGCCUACACGGCUGGGCUCAAGGUGGAGGUGCGCGCCGAGCCCAUCUCGGCGGUGGAGGACGCGGCGGCCGGCAGCUGCAAGAUGCGCCGCAUCAGCCAGGUGGACAACAGGUCGUUCGGGGGCCACCCGGUGCCGUCGCUCGACACUCCGUACGAGGUCACUGUCAAGGACAAGAUGUGCUACCAGGCCAUCAGCCUGAUGCCGGCGUACAACACGUACUCGUUCGAGGAGCUGCGCUUCAUCGCACCGGCCGUGCGCCGGCCGGCCGAGAACAUGAUGGUGCGCUCGAACGGCGACGGCACGUACAGCGCCAGCUGGACGCCGGCCGCCAGCGGCUGGUACGGCAUCCACGUCACCAUAGACGGAGCCGCGCUCGACGCCGUGGAGCGGGUCCAGGUGCGGGAGCCACCGCAAGGCUUCCUGCCGCCGGUGGCCAGCCAGCCGGCGCGGCGCGCGCCGCCGGCCCGCCGCCACCGGCGCUUCUGCGCGCAGAACUCGGCCGGCCUCCGGAUCCGCUCGCACCCGAGCCUGCAGUCGGAGCAGGUGGGCGCCGUGCCCGUGGGCGGACACAUCACCUUCGUGGACGAGGUGCACAACGACGAUGGCGUAUGGGUGCGUCUGUCGCCGGACUCCAUGCACGAGUUGUGCGGCCGCCGGCCGCCGGCCGAGGGCUGGUGCCUGCAGUACAACCAGCACCUGGGCAAGACGCUGCUGGUGCCGCCCGACGAGCCGCCGCCCUCGCUCGAUGACGUCAUCAACCAGGCCAUCCAGACGCAGCUCCCCGAGAACAGCGGCGGUGAGGAGGCGCCUCCGGACGCCACCCAGCUGGCAGCCGGGCCGGCCCAGUACGAGGUGGUGCGCUGCGGCCUGAGCGGCCUGGACCUGCGUCUGCGGCCCAGCCGCGCCGCCCGCCGCCUGGCCGCCGUCCAGUACUCGUGCCGCCUGGCCAGCGUGGGCGAGUACGUGGACGGUGGCGACCGUUGGGUGAAGCUCUCCAACGAGUCGGUGUCCCGCUUCUGUCCGGACGCGCCCGAGGCGUGGGCGCUUGUAUCCGAUCCGACUCUGGUGUACCUGCGCCGCGUGCGACAGCCCGUGAUGAACGGUCACUGCAACAUGUCCACGUCCCUGCCGACCGCCACCGCCUUCAACUUCACCACCAACCUGAGCAAGAGCUUCAGCUUUGUGAACAGUGGUGCCGUGCUGCUGGACGGUUACUCGCCGCCGUCCGGGCACCCGCUGAUUAUGGGCCGGGAGAGCCCACCGCGUGGUGCGGCCGGUGGCGUCUCAGUGCGGGACGUGGUGAAGGCGCUCAGCGAGUCACGCUACAACGGCAACGGCGACACGCCGCCGCGCACCCGCAGCCGCAGCUCCAGUCCGCUGGCCGUCCGACCCAGGCACGGCUCGACACAGCUGAGCUCGAGCCGCGCCGACUCGGCGCAGAGCGACACGAGCGCGCUGCUCAGCUCGCUGACGCGCGACAUGAGCGUCUCGCCGGCCGGCUCCUCGCUGCACAGCUACGCAUCGGCCCUCAACGCCAAGGAGGGCGGGGAGCGCUCGGCCGGCCGCAAGCGCGAGCGCACCAGCAGCCCGACGGGCCUGCUGCGCGACAAGGCGCCGGUGGAGGCGCCGCCGCGGCCGCGCCAGCCGCCCAAGUCUGCACUCAGCCCGUCGGUGGCCGAGUGCCAGCGGGCCGUGUUCGCCGCUUUCCUCUGGCACGAGGGCGUCGUGCACGAUGCUAUGGCGUGUGCCACCUACCUCAAGUUCCACCCAGGCGACGGGCGGCAGCGGCACUCGCUGGAGGUGUCCGGCGGGCGGUACCUGCACGGCUCGCCGACCGACAAGCCGCGCCCGGCCGCUGACGACGACGACAACCGCUGCGGCUUGGACGCCGGCGACUCGUCCGGGGCCGGGCUGGACACACUGCCCGAGCUGCGGGGCGGCGAGCCCGGCCCGGCGCCGUCGCUGCAGUACCUGGCCGCCAUCUGGGACGGCCUGCGCACCAUCUCGGCCGGCCUGAUCGCCCAGCAGGUGGCGCUACCCAGCCCGAGCACGCCGCGGCCCCGGCGGCCCGACCGGCCGCGCGACCAGCGCGACAAGCGCGCCAAAAAGCAGCGCUCCGACCUUGACCCCGUCUCCGAGCUGGAGCAGCGCUGCGACCUCUGUCUGGGCCUCUUCAGUGACCUGGGCAAACACAUGAAGCAGGUACACCGGGGCGUGGUGCUGUGCGAGCUGUGUGGCGCGCCGCUGGAGCCGGGCGCGCUGAUCGCUCACAUGAAGGAGCAGCACCGCGGCUGCGGCCUGGCCAGCGACGGACGCGCCUACCACGUGUCGGGAGUGUACGCCGAGACGGCGGCGCGGCCCGACCAGUGCGGCGCCGCCUGCUCGGGCCUCUACUACCAGCUGUGCGUCGGCUGUCGUGAGCGGCACAUGGCGGCCGCUGGCCGGCCGGAUGUGUGCCGUCGCAAGAAGACCAAGAAGCGCGCGGCGCCUGUGCUGCGCUCGCCAGCCGAGUGCGAAACGCACCGCGUCAUGCGCCAGAACGCCGUGUUCCUUCUGGAGCUGGCGGCCGAGGACCCGGCGGCGCGCGGCGCGGCCGGCCAGCGCUGUCUGCACACGCUGGGCGGCCAGCAGGCGCACCUGCGCCGGCUCAAGGAGGACGAGCUGUCUAUGCCGGACACGAGCCAGACGGAGGAGGCCGACGAGCCGUCGGCGCGGCUGCAGCAGCUGCGCUCGACGCUCAGCCUGUCGGCCGGUCAGGCUGACGUGCAGGUGCUGAUGACCCGGCCGGUGGUGGCGUUCGUGCUGCAGCAGCACGAGCUCGGCUGUCUCCAGCGCGCGCUGACCAGGGCCAUCCGCCGCGGCGCAUGCAGAGUUUACGCUCUCCAGGCGCUCAACUGGCUGCUGCGCAGCGUCACCCAGCCCACCUGCCUACACGACCUGCUCUGGUACUUCAUCCAGUCGCUGACACUGGAGCCGGCCGCCGCCGCCGGCGACGCGCCGCCGCCGCCCGCCGACGAGGAGGACGUGACCGUGCUGGAGCACCCGCAGUCGGACGUGCCGCUGGCGGGCAGCACACCGCUGCCGGCCGCCUUCCACAGUCUGCUGCAGACCAUCUCUGACCUGAUGCCGCUGCUGCCGGGCGGCUCCAGUCUUCAGCUAAUGGCCGUGAGGUGCUGGGGCCUGCGCUUCCUGCCGGCCGACCACGGCUUCCUGCACCGCAGCCACGUGUUCACCAACAUCAGCAGCAUCCUGGCCGGCUCGGACGAGGCGGCCGGCGAGGAGGGCGCGGCUCUGUCGACCCCGCAGCAGCCGGCGGCCGGCGCCGACCGGCAGGCGUGCGUGCACGUGACGUCGCUGGUGGACGUGACGGCGUCGGCGGCGCUGGAGACCUCGUCCCGGCCGGCGCUGCUCGACUCGCUGACCGACGGCAGCACGGAGACGUUCUGGGAGAGCGGCGACGAAGACCGCAACCGCAGCAAGGCGGUGACGGCCGCGCUGCCGGCGCUCGGCCUCCGGCUGCUGGCCGUGCACGUGGACAACGUGCGCGACCUGCAGACCAAGGUGUCGGCCGUGACGUUCCGCGCCGGCCGCUCGGCCGACGAACUGACCCGGCUGCGCAGCGCGGCCGUCGAUCCGCACCACGCCGGCUGGCUGGCGGCCGCGCUGCCGGCCGGCCUCGACGCGCGCCACGUACGCCUCGAGCUGAAGGGGCCCGACAACAGCCUGCGCCUGCGUCAGGUGGCGCUGCUCUCGGAGGGCGGCGGGCCGCGGCCGGCGCCGCCCGCCGCCACCGUCCGCCACCAGGCGUGCGAGGCCGAGACGCUGCGCGUGUUCCGGCUGAUCGCCGCGCAGGUGUUCGGUAAGCUGUUGUCGCACGACGAGGGCGAGACGCCCAGCGGCGGCGGCACGCCACACCAGGCGCCGCAGCUCGACCCAGAGACGGAGGAGGACACCGACCUGCGCCAGCACAUGGUCUCCAUCCUGUUCUCGCGCUGCAAGCUGACCCACCUGCAGACCCAGAUCUGCGACCACAUCAUGGCGGCGCUGGGCCGGGAGGCGGCGCGGCUGCGGGACGAGACAGAGCCGCCGGCCGCGCCGGACACCCACUGCUUCCAGAUGCUGUCGAUGCUGUUGGCGCUGAGCGGCAGCGCCGUUGGCCGGCAGCACCUGUCUGGCCAGCGGCCGCUGGUGGCCGACUUGCUGGCGCUGCUGCACACGGCGUCGGCGCGCUGCCAGCGCCAGGUGGUUAGCCUGCUGCGCCGCGUCCUGCCCGAGAUGACGCCGGCCGCGCUGGCCCAGCUGCAGGGCGCCGGCUGUCGACUGCCAGAGCCGCAGUACGGCGUGGCGGGCGGAGGCGGCGGUGACGGUGGCGGUGACGGCGCCGAGCAGCUGGAGGCCGCCGAUGACAGGCCGGGCGUGCUGGACGUGCUGUUCGCCUGCGUGGCCAAAUGCCUGUCGGUGCAGGUCAAGUACAAGGAGGGCGCGGCCAAGGUGACGCGCUCGGUGCGUCUGUCGGAGGCACGGCUGGCCGGCGCCGGCGCCACUCGCUGGUGGCUGCGCGGCCAGAUGACCUCCAGCGUCGGCGAGCGCGUGCUCAAGCUGCUGCACGACAUGAGCGAGGGCAAGCUCUCAGAGCCGUGGUCGUCGGUGACGCGCGCCUCGGUGGCCGCUAGUCUGCUGUCUCUGAGCCGUCUGCAGGCGGUGGACCGCGCGCCGGCCGUCUGCCUGCAGUCGAGCACGCUGUGGCUGGCGCUGGUGUCGCUGUGCGUGCUGCGGCCGGAGCACGCCGAGCGGCUGACGUCCGGACACUGGCGGCCGGCCGGCGGCCAGGCCUGCGCCGCGCGGCCCACGUGCGACAACCACGACGACGGCGAAACGGCGGCCAUCAUCCUCUGCUCGGACUGCGGCAACCUGUGCGCCGACUGUGACCGCGUGCUGCACCUGCCGCGCCGCGCCCGGCCCCACCACCGCCAGGUGUUCAAAGAGGAAGAGGAGGCCAUCCGGGUGGACCUGCACGAGGGCUGCGGCCGACUGAAGCUCUUCUGGCUGAUGGCGCUCUCCGACGCGCCCAGCCUCAAGUCGAUGGUGGAGUUCCGGUCGCGGGCGGAGCCGCAUCCGGCCGGCGCGCUGGCGGCCGCCGCCGGCCAGUGCCGCUUCUGCGGCGCGCCGGCCGCCGGCCGCGGCCCGCUCGAUGCCGCCGGCGCGCCCGUCUGCGGAGAGCCCGAGUGCGCGGCGCACGCGCGCGCCGCCUGCCAGCGCGUGCACGAGUGUGGCCACGCGUGCGGCGGCGUGCGCGACGAGGAGCCGUGCCUGCCGUGCCUGCACGGCUGCAGCGCCGCCUCGCUGCGUCAGGAUGCUGACGACAUGUGCAUGAUCUGCUUCACGGACCCGCUGAGCGCGGCGCCGGCCAUCCAGCUCAGCUGCGCUCACCUGUUCCACCUUCACUGCUGCCGGCGCGUGCUGGUCAGCCGCUGGCUGGGGCCGCGCAUCACGUUCGGCUUCUCGCUCUGCCCCAUCUGCAAGGCGUCGAUCGAGCACACUAUCCUGGAGGACCUGCUCGCGCCGAUCCGCGCGCUGCACGAGGACGUGCGCAAGAAGGCCCUGGUGCGCUGCGAGUACGAGGGCCUGAAGCUGAGCGAGGCCGUCACCACGCCCGGCGCUCGCUUCUACGACCAGCUGGCGGCCUUUGCCAUGGAUCGGUACGCCUACUACGUCUGCAGCAAGUGCCAGAAGGCCUACUACGGCGGGGAGGCACGCUGCGACGCGGCGCUGGCCGGCGGCGACGACUACGACCCGUCCGAGCUGGUGUGCGGCGCCUGCAGCGACGUGUCGCGCGCCCAGCUCUGCCCCAAGCAUGGCACCGACUUCCUCGAGUACAAGUGCCGCUACUGCUGCUCCGUGGCCGUCUUUUUCUGCUUCGGCAAGACCCACUUCUGCAACGCGUGCCACGACGACUUCCAGCGGCUGACCAGCAUCCCGGUGCCGCAGCUGCCCGCCUGCCCAGCUGGGCCGCGCGCUGUCCAGCUGGAGGGCACAGAGUGUCCGCUGCAGGUGGAACACCCGGCAACCGGCGAGGAGUUCGCGCUCGGCUGCGGCGUCUGUCGGAACGCGCACACCUUCUAAGCGGCCGUGGACUGACGGCGUCUGCCCGGGAGCCGGAGCACGGCCGGUGCCCGGUCCGGGGUUGGCCGUGCUCCGGGGGCCGGCGCCGGACCGGCCGGCGCGCCGCCCAUGUCGUGCGAAAGGUUAUUUCUCGGGAGUGAAGUCAGUCGUCACCCCAGCCGGCCCUUGCUUGGUCUGGUUGCUGCCGCCGCCUCCCCUACUGAGGAGUGACGUGGACCCCGGGAGUCGUCGACCAGAGGCGUAGUGCACCGCCCGGGCGAAGCGGGUACCGCUGGGGCAGUGAUACAUUGUCUUGCCGCGGCCGGUAUGACGGCGCAGGAUGUACGGCCACGCCCCCGUGCAUGGCUGUCCGCUUCCGAUGGCUUCCGCUCUGUACGUCCGGUACCGCGCCGUGUUUGCUGUGCCAACUGCGUCCGCUGAGCCAACUCUGUACUGGUUGUUUGGGUGCGGAGGGCGAGAGCAUUCCUUGGGUGAUCAGAUUAUUACGCCUGCUCGAUGUGCCCCGUUGUUUUAACUUAACGUCAGUCGGCGCGUUGCGGGGUCGCCGCUGUCAUCGUAGCCCGCUGCUUUGCCGGCGUCCGUCUUAUUUGUUUCGCCGUCACAUGACAAGGCCAGCAUUGAUCCCGUGUCUCUGAAUCGGCUCCACUUCCAUCCUUGACAUGAUAUUGCUGAAAUACUGACCUGGUAGCUCA